AUGGAGCGAUCGACGUACUGGAACAACGAAGAGGUUUGGGUGAUGGAGUGGGUAGAUCGGGCGAGAAAAUGGGUGGUUCGGGUAAGGGAAGAGAGUGGUGAAGAGAAGGGUCCGUUACGACGGGACGGAGGGGAACAAUGGGAGAAGAGGGUUAUGAGGUAUCCGGUAGUGGCGCCGGAGUUUUCGAAUGAUGUGCAUAGGUGCGAAGGAUGGUCGGGCCGGGAGAAGGUGGUGGUGAGGUUGGAGGAGAGGAAGGUGAUGACAAAUUGGGGUUUUGGUUUUGAGGAGAAGGAGAAGGUGUCGGUGAAACCGGAGGGACGGAAGAAGAUGCGGUUGUUUGAGGGUAAAAGUUAA